AUGUGUCCAGAACUGUGGCAAGACUACUACCGCCGUGAUGUGGCAGCCAAGGGAGAACGGUCAUUAAUGCCCAUUCCAACGGGUGUCCCGUUCAGCCCGGACUACAGCAUUACCAACCAGACUAGUACUCGGACUUGUCAAAUCUACUCCCAGAGAAGGUCCUUGUUACCGAAGGUCGGGAGGAAGUCGUUUGUGGAGAAGCAGCCUCGCACGGUAGUUUCGGGGAUGUGUGGAAAUGCACCUAUACUGCAUCUGACCCGUCAAGGCUCGGAGGUAGCAGUCAAAUCUAUAAGGGUCGAUGUCGCCGGUGACGAUUUGAGAGCCAGAGUUACUCAAAGACUCCUGGGCAAUUUGCGGAAGCAACCGCCAUCACGAAAAUAUUUUGCUUCUGCGUGGUUUCAGUCACGAAUUUGA